AUGGAGUGCAACAGAGAUGAGGCUGCUAGAGCGAAAGCUCUGGCAGAAAGAAAAAUGAUGGACAAGGAUUUUGUUGGUGCAAAAAAGAUGAUUAUCAAGGCGCAGCAACUCCUCAAAGAAGUGGAUGACGUUGACAUUCCAAAAAUGUUAACUGUUUGUGAUGUUCAUUGUGCUGCUGGAGCUAAGGUGAAUACUGAGAUUGAUUGGUAUGGAAUACUGCAAGUACCUGUAAAUGCUGAUGACACACUGAUAAAGAAGCAGUAUCGUAAGCUUGCCCUUUUGCUACACCCUGACAAGAACAAGUUUGGAGGCGCAGAGGCAGCAUUCAAAUUAGUUGGAGAAGCAAACGUAACUCUUACAGACCGGUCAAAACGUUCUGUGCAUGACAUGAAAAGAAACACCUUCAGAAGCAUUAUAACAAGACCCAAUCAUCAGCCACCAAAAAGACCUGCACCUGCUAGAUCUAGUUCUACUCCUGUGAAUCUCCAUAAUAUGCAUCAGCAACAUCAGCAUCAAGCCUCAAAUCCUACAGGGCCGCAAACAACAUUUUGGACUAUUUGUCCAUCUUGUGGCAUGAGGUAUCAGUACUACCUCUCGAUCUUGAAGAAGGCUUUGCGAUGUCAGAAUUGUUUGAAGCCAUUUAUCGCACAUGAUUUGAAGGACCAAGCUAUUCCUUCUGGGGCAAAUCAGCGAUCUGCUGGGGUUUGGAAAAAUGCAGGCGCACCACAGAACUCUGCAGGCCCUCAAUCAAAUGUCACUGGUCAGAAAGGUUGGUCUGCCACUCCAGGAGUUCAUGUUAAUAUCGGUUCUCAUCAUGCUAAUGUAAAUACAAAGAGGGAAACUGAUGGUAAUGCUAGCGCAGGUGGGCUGAAAAACAAAAUGAAAUCUGCCCGGGCCACCAGGAAUCCUUCAAAAGCUUCAACUGCUGGAUUGAAAAGGGGCAGGAGGGCGGUAUUUGAAUCUAGUGAGUCUAGCAUAUCAGAAACCAGCAGCGACAGUGAGGAAGAGAUUCUAAAACAUGGUCCUGAAAAUAGUGCAGGGCCAGAUCAACAAACUCGCAGAUCUAGCAGGCAGAAGCAAGAAGUUAAGUAUAAUGAGAAUAGUGAUGAUGAUAUUGAUGAUGCUGAAGAUGAUCAUAACACGGUUGAGGAUGAUUUUGUGGAUUCUCCUGCUUUGAAGAGGUUAAGAAAAAAUGGUCUGUUCCAUGGUAAUCAAAGCAAUAAAACAGAAAAGCUGAAUGAAGACAUCGCUGGCCAUAAUGGUCCUAUAAAUGGUGUGAGUAACUGCAGUAACAUGAAAGGUACAAAGAAUGAUGGUAUGCCAUGCGGAGAGAAGACUUUCAAUGGAGUUGAACAGAUGAAGAGAGAAACGAUGCAUGCUGGAGAAAAUAGUGAUGGCAAAGAAAAGGUAUUUCAUUCUGUCAGCACCAAUGGUCCUGUUCUAAACGAUGAUGAUGCUUCAGAAGAUCAUAAAUACACUUUCCCAGAUCCUGAAUUUUUUGAUUUUGAUCAACUUCGAGAUGUAAGUCAAUUUAGAGCCAACCAGAUCUGGGCUGUCUAUGAUGAUCAAGGCUGUAUGCCUAGAUUUUAUGCUCGAAUCACAAAGGUAAAAGUUAGUCCAAAGUUUAUGUUGCAUUUUGUUUGGCUGGAGUUUGAUCCUGCAAAUAAAGCGGAGGAGGCAUGGUCUUACAGGGGUCUGCCUGUUGCCUGUGGACACUUUAAGCAUGGACAGUCAGAGACAACUAAAGAGACUAGUAUGUUCUCUCGGACUAUAUCUUUUGAGAGAAGCAAGAGAAAAAACUGCUAUGUAAUAUAUCCAAGGAAAGGUGAAGUUUGGGCCCUUUUUAAGGGAUGGGAUAUUGGUUGGAGCUCAGAUGCUGGCAAUCACAAAAAGUUGAACCAUCAGUAUGAAGUUGUUCAAGUCCUCUCUGAUCUCACCACGAGCACUAGCAUUAUUGUCAUGCCGCUUGUGAAGAUAAAAGGCUAUGUUAGCUUAUUUAUGCAGUCUGGAGAGGCAGCUCCAUAUGUGAUACCUCAGGGUGACACACUAAGGUUCUCUCAUUGUAUCCCGCAUCAUUUGAUGAGCGGAACUGAAAAACAAGGCAUUCCAGAAGGAUCUCUUGAACUUGAUCCUGCAGCGCUUCCCUUCAACUUGGAAGAGGCUUUUCCUUCUGCUAACGCAGAAUGCAGUUCUGUAAGAAGUCAGGACCGUGACUCCAAACAUGCUGGUUUUUCCAGUGGAGAUCUCAAAGGAUCCAUGAAUGUGGGGCAGGGGCAACAUACAAAAUCCGUGAAUGCAGGGAUCCCUACAAAGACACCAAAGGAAGAGAAAAUCAAGCAUAACACUCAUCUGCCUGAAGUUACAGAUGUCGAUGACGAUGAUGAUAACAUUUGCCAAACAGAGUAUGUAUGUGCUGAAUCAGAAUUCUAUGAUUUUUCAGAAAUAAGAUUGCUCCAAAGGUUUUCACCUGGGCAGAUCUGGGCUCUCUAUAGUGAUGUAGAUAAAUUUCCCAAUUACUAUGCAUUCAUACAGAAAGUUGAUCUCAGGAAUGAUAAAGUACAAGUUAGAUGGCUGGAUGUCUGUCCUCAAGGAGAAGUGGAGAAAAGAUUGUCCCAAGAAGAACGGACCAUUGGCAUUGGAACCUUUAGGCUUUCCAAUGUCCACGAGAUGAUGACUUACACUGGCACAGAUGCCUUUUCUCAUCGUGUUGAGGCCAGAUAUACUGGCAGAAAAGGCGAAUAUGAAAUACUUCCUCAUCUUGGUGAGAUAUGGGUGGUUUACAAAAACUGGGGAGCUGGAUGGACUGCACAGGAUUUUGAAAAAUGUGAAUAUGAACUGGUGGAGAUACUUGGCCAUACGGAUUCCUCCAUACAAGUUCAGCUUCUGAGGAAGGUGGAUGGUUAUAAGAUGGUAUUUAUGUCAUACAGAUCAGAGGGUUCUGUGAAGACAAUAAGGAAGGAUGAGUACCCCAAGUUCUCUCACCAGAUUCCCUGCUUUCAUCUCACACAUGAAAAAGGUGGCAAGCUUCAAGGCUAUUUGGAGCUCGAUCCCUUAUCACUACCAGAGGCAUUUCUUGACUGA